AUGCAGCAAGAUUCCUCAUCCAAAAAACAAUACUCGGCGUUAGCACGUCGUAAAAGAAUGGAAAUACUAAAAGAUAGAAGAAUGAAAAAGCUCAGAGUUCGUGACAAUGGUAUCAACCCCAUUGAAUCCUAUCAAAUGCAUGCUCCUUCACCAAUCACUGAUAUCAGAACACCACUCGCUGUACCAUCAAGGAUUCAUAGCAGAACACCAUUGUCUGAUAUAACAUCAACAACCCUUAAUAAUCCAUCAUGGAUUAAUAUCAGAACACCAAUGUCAAAUGCAACUUCUUCUUUCUUUAAUGAAAGAAAAAUUAGUUUCCAAACACCAGGAUCUGCAAGGGACAACUCACAUACAAUUAAGGGUCUCAGUACUGUUGGAACAAAAGAUAUUGCAGCGUCGGCACGCCGUAGAAGAAAAGUGAUUAUGCAAAGAAAGAUGUCACAAGCCUACAAACUUCGUGAGAACUAUGAUGAAAACAGAGAAAAUGUGACUGGGAUUGAUACCGCAUCAUCUUCACAUUUCAAUAUACCAUUAUCUGAUAUAACCAACUCAUUGUCUAAUCAAGCAAACAAGAACUACUUUGAACAGGCAACUACUUCGGGGCACAAAUUAAAAAAACAAUUGAAUGUGGGUGUUAUUAAAGAGAUGACUGUCAAACUGUUCAAUUAUUUUGGUAAUAAUAACCAUAAUUCAGGUUCUUCAUCUACAAGCAAUAUAACUGUACAAGAACCUGCAACAUUCAGUUCUACUUCAAAUGUUGUGGUUGACAGUGAUCACUCUCGUGAUGAGACAUCGACGGAUGAUUCAGUCAGCGAUAGCUCGUGUGAAUUCAAUGUUGCAGAUGAAAAUUAUGACUCAACUUCCAGCUAUGAUGAUGUAGAACCAAAUGACAACAAUUCUAUAUCCCUUGAUUCUUCUGUCACAGGUUAUUCCGAUAUUGGUGAUCCUAUGGUUGAGUGCACAUAUUGUGGAGCACUUAUGUGGUAUCAAGAAAAAACGGAUAAACGAAAACAUAGUGCGAUGCCUAAGUUCCAGCUAUGUUGUGGAAAGGGUAAAGUUGUGUUACCACUUCUGAAACCCCCACCAUUAUUACUGCAGCGUCUAUUGUUUGAGAAUAAUGAAGCCGAAAGUCAAAAUUACCAACAAUUUUGUAGAUUGUACAACAUGAUGUUUGCUUUUACGUCGCCGGGUUUAAAAGUUGAUAACAGAUUUCAAGGGGGGAGAGGUCCACCUAACAUAAGAAUUCAUGGACAGUCAUGCCAUAGAAUUGGGAGCAUGCUACCUUUAUCUGGACAAUCUCCAAAAUUUGCUCAACUUUACAUUUACGACACCGAAAAUGAGAUACAUCAUAGAAUCGCAGGAAUAGGCAACCCAAAUAUUAUUCCCGAGACAGUUAACAAAUUGAAAAUCAUGUUGGACGAGUUCAACACACAUGCUAAGACUUUUAGGAUUGCAGCCGAUCGAUUAAAGGAUAGUUCUGUACCUGAUCUUAAACUGAAGUUAAUAUCUGAUAGAUCAACAGAUGGAAGGAUUUAUAACCAUCCUACUGUAUCAGAGGUAGCCUCUCUUAUCGUUGGUGACGUUGAUACAGGUACUAAAAGAGAUAUUAUUCUUGAGAGACAAAGUGGACGGCUGAAAAGAAUAAGUGAGUUUCAUCCAAGUUAUUUGGCAUAUCAGUAUCCAUUGUUGUUUCCGUACGGGGAAGAUGGUUUUAGACUUGGUGUGCUUCUUAGGGAAUCUAACACAAAAGGAAAGAUGAAGAGGAAUAAGCUUACCAUUAGAGAAUGGCUUGCUUUUAGAAUUCAAUGCAGACAUAAUGAAGCACAUACGUUGUUGCGAUCAAGAAGAUUGUUUCAACAAUUUUUGGUUGACGGUUUUUCGAUGAUGGAGUCACAGAGAUUAAAUUAUAUUCGAAAGCAUCAAAAAAAGCUUCGUGUGUCUAAAUAUGCCAAUUUGACCGGAUUAGAACACAACGAAAACAACGAAGGAUCAAACAAAGGUAAACGAGUGGUUUUACCGUCUACUUAUGUUGGAAGUCGCAGGUUUAUGGAUCAACUAUAUUUUGAUGGAAUGGCUAUUUGUAGCCAACUUGGUUUUCCAGACCUUUUUAUUACUUUUACUUGCAAUCCAAACUGGCCUGAAAUACAAAGGUUGCUUAGCAAAAUUAACUUGAAUUCUCAAGAUCGCCCAGACAUCAUCUCAAGAGUCUUCAAAAUAAAGUUUGAUGAGUUUUUGGCCGAUCUAACAAAAAAACACGUUUUGGGUAGAGUUAUUGCAUAUAUAUACACGAUUGAAUUUCAAAAGCGGGGUUUACCGCAUGCCCAUGUUCUGUUGUUCAUGCAUCCUUCAAGCAAAUAUCCAACUCCAGAUGAUAUAAACAAGAUCAUUUCAGCAGAGAUACCAAUAGAACAAGAUGAUCCUCAAUUGUAUCAGUUGGUUAGGACACAUAUGAUUCAUGGUCCAUGUGGUUUAGCAAACAAAAAAUCCCCUUGCAUGAAAAAUGGAAAGUGCUCAAAAUACUUUCCCAAGAAAUUUCAAAAUGAAACCAUUGUUGAUCAGGAUGGAUAUCCAGUGUACCGAAGACGGGAUACCGGUAAUACAGUGAUGAAAAAACACAUUCUCCUUGAUAACAGAUAUGUUGUUCCUUAUAAUACAUAUUUGUUGAAGAAGUUUCAAGCACAUAUCAAUAUGGAGUGGUGUAAUCAAAGUACUUCAGUUAAGUACUUAUUCAAGUAUAUUAACAAAGGUUAUGAUAGAAUUACAGCUGCUGUUGUUCAAAAUGACAGCGAAGGAUCUUCUGCAAUUAGAAGUGUUGACGAAAUUAAGCAAUAUCUUGAUUGUCGAUAUGUGUCACCAAGUGAGGCAUGCUGGAGGCUUUUUUCGUUUCCUAUUCAUGGUAGGUCCCCUGCAGUUGAAAGGUUAUUUUUCCAUCUUGAAGGUGAUAAUUGUGUUUAUUAUACCGAUCAUGAAAUGAUUGAUCAGGUACUAGAAAAACCAAGUGUGAAAGAAUCUAUGUUUACAGCGUGGAUGCAAGCGAACAAAACUUAUGAAGAGGCAAGAAAUUUAACUUACUCCCAAUUUCUUUCCAAAUUUGUUUAUGAUAAAAGAUACCGACGAUGGAAACCGCGUAAAAGAGGUCGUACCAUUGGCAGACUAAUUUGGGUCCCUCCGAGUACCGGUGAGUUGUACUACCUGAGAAUGAUGCUAACAGUGGUCAAAGGACCUACAUGCUAUGAGGAUAUUAAAUUUGUGGGUGGAAAGGUUCAACAUAGUUUUAGAGAUGCAUGCUUCGAAAUGGGAUUUCUUAAUGAUGACAAGGAAUAUGUUGCAGCCAUAAAUGAGGCUAAGAAUUGGGGUUCCGGUCAUUUUUUGAGAAAGCUAUUUGUUACUAUGCUACUUUCCGGAACUGUCAAUAGACCGCAUCAUGUAUGGUCAAAAACAUGGAAGACAUUAGCUGAUGGUAUUCUCCACCAACAAAGGCAGAAUACAAAUAGAAGAGAUUUGCAACUUUCAGACACUGAGUUAAAGAAUUUGACACUCAUUGAGAUUGAGAAUAUGUUGCAAUCAAAUCGAAGAAGUUUGCAUGAAUUUAAAGGCAUGCCUUAUCCAGAAUCCUAUGUUACAAAGCAUGUUGGGAAUCGGCUGAUUUACGACGAACUUGAUUAUAAUGCCGAAACCGAAAAACAAAAUUUUGAAGAACUUUUUCGGGCGCUUACAGAUGAACAGCGUUCAAUUUUUAAUAAAAUCAUGGAGGCUGUUAACAACCUGAAGGGAGGUGUGUUCUUUUUACAUGGUUAUGGAGGUACCGGCAAAACUUUCAUGUGGAGAACACUGUCAAGUGCACUUCGUUCGCAAAAAAAAAUUGUUCUUACUGUUGCUUCAAGCGGGAUUGCUUCUUUAUUAUUGCCAGGUGGAAGGACAACCCACUCAAAGUUUAAAAUACCCGUCCCAACACUUGACAACUCAACAUGCAACAUUGAUAAAGACACCGAACAUUCAAAACUAUUUGAGGCAACAGAUGUCAUCAUAUGGGACGAAGCUCCUAUGUCUCAUAAAAAUUGUUUCGAAGCAUUGGAUAAAACCCUUAAAGAUGUCAUGAGCAAAGAUGGUCUCGAGAAUACUAUUUUUGGUGGAAAAGUUGUUAUUUUUGGAGGUGAUUUCAGGCAGAUUCUUCCAGUGGUUCCAAGAGCAGGGCGUUCUGAUAUUGUCCAUGCUUCAAUUAGCUCAUCUUAUGUGUGGGAUUAUUGUCAGGUUUUAACACUGACCAAAAAUAUGAGACUCCAACAAGGAAGAGACGGUACAAGUGCCCAUGAACUUGCAGAAUUUUCAAAAUGGAUUUUAGAUGUGGGGGAUGGUAAGAUUUGUGAACCAAAUGACGGAUUGGUUGAAAUAGAAAUACCUCCAGAGUUAUUAAUAACAAAUUUUGAUGAUCCUAUAAGGGCAAUUGUUGAUAACACAUAUCCUAAUUUGUUGGAAAAAUUUCAAGAUGUUGAAUUUUUACAAGGAAAGGCUAUUCUUGCUUCAACAAUUGAAGUUGUCGACAAAAUCAAUAAUUAUGUAUUAGACUUGCUACCAGGAGAAGAGAAGGAGUUUUUGAGUUUUGACUCCAUUGAUAGAACAGAUACAAGUUAUAAUGAAGCUUAUGAAGUUCUAACUCCUGAAUUUCUAAGUAAGUUAAGAACAUCAGGCCUUCCAAAUCAUAAAAUCAAAUUGAAGGUUGGUACCCCUAUUAUGCUGAUGAGAAAUUUGGACCAAGCUGAUGGAUUGUGCAAUGGAACAAGACUAAUUGUCACAAGGUUUGCAAAUCAUGUCAUAGAGGCAAAAAUCAUGUCUGGUAAGAACAUAGGUAACAUUUUUUACAUUCCAAGAAUGUCUAUGUCGCCUUCUGAUUCACCUUGGCCAUUCAAGUUGAUUAGGAGACAAUUUCCGAUAAUUGUUUCCUAUGCAAUGACUAUUAAUAAAUCUCAAGGCCAGUCUCUUGAUAGUGUUGGAUUGUACUUGCCUACUCCUGUCUUUAGUCAUGGUCAAUUAUAUGUUGCAAUUUCAAGAGUUAAGACCAAAAGUGGCCUGAAAAUAUUAAUUCAUGACAAGGAGAAUGCACCGUGUUCGACUACUACAAAUGUUGUAUACAAGGAGGUCUUCCAAGCACUUUGUUAG